AUGUCAACACAGUUGUCGUCGACAAGUGUAGAUGCAGAUGCAGUGCUAAGAGCUGAAGGACUAGAACUGGUCUCCGCGUCUUUUCAGCGUCGAGUUUCCACCAGCGCCUUUGGUGUGUGGCUCUUCAACGGCAAGGAGACAAGGAGAACGCGCUUCACAGGUUACAGCGCAUCCAGUCCCAGAAAUUCGAAGAGUUCGCUUCUGUUGGCAGUGGUUGGUGAUAAGAAAUCUACCAUGCAGCCAGCACUCCCCAAGAACGAAGAUGAAACUCUUUAG